UCUAUUCUUUGUGUUUUCUCUUCGUAGGUUUUCACUUUUCACUGGGAGAAUCUCCAUUGUUCUCCUUCCUCUCGCUCGUGUGUGCGCUUCUUAGCAUCGAUGGUUUCUCGAGGAGAGAAGAUGAUGAUCCUCUGAAACGAGUGCCAUCUUUGAGGAGUUGGCGUUGCGUUCUCUAAGUUGUUCACAUACCCGUCUCGACGUUCUUGCUGAUCGGUUUUAGGGUUCUUGCACAGAGGAAAGAUUGAAGCCCCAAAAUGUCGGAUAUCAGGAAAUGGUUCAUGAAACAGCAUGACAAGGGUAAUGCAAGUGCGACGGCGAAGCCUGCUAAGGCUGCCACGCUACCUCCAGAGAAGCCCGUGGAGAAACCGGCACAAGCAAUUCAAGAGAAUUCAGGAAGGAGGAAAACAAGCAAAUACUUUGCAACAGCAGCUGAUGCAGACACAAGCUCUAAACAAAAAGUGAAAGAUGAAGCCAAAACUAAGAGGGCUCCUGCAAGAAAAUCUAGUGAGGUUUUUGCUGAUGAGGAUGAUGAUGAGGUCAAACCUUCUCCAGCUAAAAAGUUACAUAAAGAUGAAGAUGAUGACUUUGUGUUGCCCAAUGAAAAGAAAAAAACCACACCUGUCAAACCAGCCAAGAAGUUGAAGAAUGCUGCAGGUGUUGGAGUGGCCAAGCAUUCUGUUGAUGAUGAGGAUGACAAUGAGGAAGAUGAACUUGCUCACGUGGAUGUGGAAACUCCUGUUAAAGCUGGCGGAAGAGGUAAAGGUGGACGAGGAUCAGGAGUGGCUGCUGGUGGAAGGGGGAGAGGGGGUGGAAGAGGUGGUAGAGGUGGUUUCAUGAAUUUUGGUGAAAGAAAAGACCCACCGCACAAAGGAGAAAAGGAAGUUCCAGAGGGCGCACCUGAUUGUUUAUCUGGGCUUACUUUUGUCAUAAGUGGUACUCUUGACAGUUUGGAACGAGAGGAAGCAGAAGAUUUGAUCAAAAGACAUGGUGGUCGGGUUACUGGAUCUGUCAGUAAAAGAACGACUUAUCUGUUAGCGGAUGAAGAUAUUGGCGGAAAUAAAUCUAAGAAAGCCAAAGAGCUUGGUACAACUAUUCUGACUGAAGAUGGAUUAUUUGAUAUGAUUCGAAAAUCAAAGCCUGUGAAAGUAUCUCCCCAGAAAGACCUGAAGAAGCAAAUUACGGGAAAGGCAGACGGUUCACAGGUGAAGAGUAGUCCUUCAAAACGUGACACAAAAGGCAUUUCAGAUGAUCAGUCUAGUUCUUUGAUUAAAAAAGGUGCUGUUGGAAGUGCUCAUAAAAGAAAAAGUGGUGAUGGUAAUUCAUUGACAUGGACUGAAAAGUAUCGGCCCAAGGUCCCGAACGACAUUGUUGGCAAUCAAUCUAUUAUAAAGCAGCUCCAUGACUGGUUAGCACGUUGGCAUGAGCAAUUCUUGUAUAUUGGUCAGAAAGGGAAGGGGAAAAAGCAGAAUGAUAGUGGUUUUAAAAAAGCUGUACUAAUAAGUGGAUCACCUGGCAUUGGGAAGAGCACAUCAGCCAAGUUAGUUAGUCAAAUGCUUGGCUUCAAGACUAUUGAGGUUAACGCAAGUGAUAGUCGGGGGAAAGCUGACAGCAAAAUCCUAAAAGGAAUUGGGGGAAGUACAUCAAAUUGUAUCAAGGAAUUCGUCAAUAAUGAAGCACUAAGUCAUACUAAGGAUCGGUCGAAGCACCCCAAAUCUGUACUGAUUAUGGAUGAGGUUGAUGGAAUGUCUGCUGGUGAUAGAGGCGGAGUGGCUGAUCUUAUUGCUAGCAUCAAGAUUUCCAAAAUACCAAUUAUUUGUAUCUGCAAUGAUCGUUAUAGCCAAAAACUUAAAAGUCUCAUCAACUACUGCUUACCUUUAAACUUCAGGAAGCCUACAAAACAGCAGAUGGCUAAGAGGUUGAUGCAAAUUGCAAGUGCUGAAGGCCUCCAAGUUAAUGAGAUUGCUCUUGAGGAACUGGCAGACAGAGUCAAUGGGGACAUACGGAUGGCAUUGAAUCAACUGCAAUAUAUGAGUUUUUCACAUUCUGUUCUUGAAUAUGAUGAUAUUAAAAGACGCCUUCUUGCAAGCGCAAAAGAUGAAGAUAUUUCACCUUUCACUGCUGUUGACAAGCUAUUUGGCUUCAAUGGUGGCAAGUUACGGAUGGAUGAGAGGAUUGAUCUUUGCAUGAGUGAUCCCGACUUGGUCCCUCUAAUUAUUCAGGAAAAUUACAUUAACUAUCGACCAACAUCCAUAGGAAAAGAUGAAAAUGGAAUCAAGAGAAUGAAUUUGCUAGCCCGGGCUGCUGAGUCUAUUGCUGAUGGGGAUGUAGUCAAUGUGCAAAUUAGAAGAUAUCGUCAGUGGCAACUAUCCCAGGCUGGCUCAUUUGCGUCUUGCAUUGUCCCGGCUGCUUUGAUGCAUGGGAAUAGGGAAACUUUUGAAUCGGGAGAACGUAAUUUUAAUAGAUUUGGUGGAUGGCUGGGCAAGAAUUCAACAACAGGAAAGAAUUUGAGACUUUUGGAAGAUGUUCAUGUCCAUGUUCUCGCUUCCCAAGAAUCCAGCUUGGACAGGGAGACACUUCGACUUGAUUAUGUGCCUCUUCUUUUGAAGCAGCUAACUGAUCCUCUUCGAGUGCUCCCCAAGGAUGCUGCUGUUCAGAAGGUUGUGGAGUUCAUGGAUGCUUAUUCGUUAAGCCAAGAGGAUUUUGACACAAUUGUGGAGCUCUCCAAGUUUCAGGGUCACCCAAAUCCAAUGGAUGGUGUACAACCUGCAGUGAAAGCUGCGUUAACCAAGGCAUAUAAACAAGGUAGCAGCACUCGACAUGUACGAGUCGCUGACUUAAUAACUCUUCCAGGCCAGAAGAAAGCUCCAAAAAAGCGGAUAGCAGCGAUUUUAGAGCCCGAUGAGAAUGGUUUGCUUGAAGAAAAUGGUGGUACUUCAUUAGAUGGUGAAGAGGAGGAUUCCUUAGAUACGAAUGAUGCUGGUGAUGGUAUUGAUCCUGAUAAUGACAAGAAACCUCAAUUUGAUCUGCUGAAUAAUAAGUCCAAAGGCAUUCAAGUGCAGCUGGAUUUGAAAAGCAAUGACAAACCAAGUGCAAAGAAAACACCACCAGCAAGCAAAGCUCGGGGUUCUGCAUCCACUGAGAAGCGAGGAGGUGGUUUAGGAAAGCGAUGGAGGUAGUUGCUUUAUCUCGACAAAUAGUAGAAGGGUAUCAGUUUUUGGUUGCGUAUAGCAAGUUACCAACAGUAAGAAUCAUGCCGUCUGCAUGCUUCGCUUUUGUAGGUUUCAUGUUUCAACUGGCCCUGUUUCACCCUCUUUUUUUUUUUGUGUUCAAAUUACGCGAUGUUUUUUAUGCAUUUCUGGGCGGAGUAUUACAUUUGCUGUGCAGGGUAAGUAGAAUGAUUCUAAUAUGAUCUUUUCAGUUGAUGGGCAUGUGCAGCAUGUCUGGUUAUUAUUGA